AUGCGGCCAGAGCUGCAUGCGCCUGCCGGCGGUGAUGUGGGGUCUGGCAACGCCGCUGCAGCCGCGGGCCACGCGCCGCAGGUGGCAUCCGCCGCAUAUGCAUAUGCGCCGCCGCCGGCUGCGCCGUACAGCCAUCGCGCGGCGCCCCCGCCGCCGGCGGCCGCGCCGACGGUCCUGCCAGCGGACGCUUCGGCAACCCCAUACCAGCAGGCGCAGCAGCACCAGCAGCAGCAGCCGGCGGCAGCACCUUAUGUGGCUGCAUUGCAGCAGCACGGGGGAGCGGACGACCCUUACGCGGCGUACCAGCAGCAGCAAUAUGCACAGCAGCAGUAUGCACAGCAGCAGCAGCAGCAGCAGCAGCAGCAGCAGCAGCAGCAGCAGCAGCAGCCAGCGGCAACCACCCAACAGCAGCAGCAAUACGCCCAGCAGCAGGCGGCUCAGCAAUACGCGUACCAGCAGCAGCAGCAGCAGCAGCCGCAGCAGCAGCAGUAUGGCCAGCAGCCAUACGGCCAGCAGCACCAGCCGUCGCAGCAGGCCGCAACGUCAGCAGCUGCAUAUCAGUACUACGAGCAGCAGCAGCAGCAGCAGCAGCAGCAGCAGCAGCAGCAGCAGCAGCAGCAGCAGCAGCAGCAGCAGCAACAGCAACAACACGACUACUCUCAACAACAAUUCGAAGCACUGCAGGCCCAGCAGGGCCAGCGCGCGCCUCUGCAUGUGCCGGGGGCGGCAGGCCCGCCCGCGACGGCUCAGCAGCCGCAGCCCCCGCCGCCGCCGGCCCGACAGCAGCAGCAGCAGCCGGCUGCUUAUGACCCCCAAAUGCAGGCGAUGCUGCAGAUGCAGGCACAGAUGCAGUCCGCCCAGUACUACCAGCGGCCGUACUGA